GGGUACAACCGGGUGGUGGCUGAUGGCGCACAUAAAGAGGCGCUGCCCUCCUCCGUUUCACCCCGGAUACAUCUUCAUCUCAAGUCAUUGGUUCUUGAGCUCGACGAUUCUGUUAUAAGAGCAAUUCCUGACUUCCUACUCUCAACUCCAUCAUCGAUAGUCACUGAUCUGGUCACUGAUCAUCGACCGCCUCCAAUCUCCCACGACUACCACUCACCACCGCCAUCAUGACGUACAGAAUCUCUGCCCCCGAUGAGUACCUUGCCAUUACUGGUAUGGGCAUCCCGACCGUCAAAAUCACAAAGGCGACUUGGGUAUGGCCACUCCAGCGAUGCACCCGCUUUAGCGUCCAACCUCAGGAUUAUGCCAUGGAUUUGCAGGCCAUGACCAAGGAAAAGCUCCAGUUUAGCUUGCCUGUGGUUUUUACCGUCGGCCCUGAUGUUAACCAACGCGGCGCCAAUACCCGUGAUCCCGGAGAUGAUGAAGAUGUUGAGAACGCCGGGCACCGCGAGGACCGCGGCGACGCUCUCCUGAAGUAUGCCAUGCUUCUGGCCAACUCUGAUAACAAUGAGCGCUCAGAUCAACGGAUUCACGUGGCAAACAUUGUCAAGGGUAUCAUUGAGGGUGAAACGCGUGUCAUCGUCUCCAGCAUGACCAUGGAGGAAAUCUUCACCGAGCGCGAGGUCUUCAAGAAGCGCAUCUUCCGCAACAUUCAAGGCGAAUUGGACCAGUUUGGCUUGAAGAUCUGGAACAGCAAUGUCAAGGAACUCAAGGACGCGCCCAACUCGAAUUAUUUUGAGUCGUUGUCUCGCAAGGCCCACGAGGGUGCCACCAACCAGGCCCGUAUCGAUGUGGCCGAGGCUCAGCUCCGCGGUAACGUCGGAGAGUCCCAGCGCAAGGGUGAGCAAGAGCGAGAGAUUGCCAAGAUCAAUGCCGAGACGGCCGUGGCAAAGACGGAGCGAGAUAUUGAAAGGGCCACGGCUGAGGCUCAACUCGACACCAAGCGCACUGCGCUUACACGAGAUGUCGACAUCGCCAAGAUCACCGCCAAGCGUACUCUCGAGUCCAAGGACGAGGAUCUCAAGAAGGAAGUCGAAUUGAAGCGUGCUGGAGCCGAGAUUGAGCGUCUGCGUGCUACCGAUGUCGUCAAAGCCACCAUCGCUCGCGAGAGCAAGCAACAAGCUGCUGACGCCGCUGCAUACGCGGUCGAGGCCGACGCUCGCGCCAACCAGGAGGCCAGCCAGCGCAAGGCCGAUGCCGCCGCGUAUCAGACCAAGAUCUCCGCCGAGGCCCAGGCUGAGGCUCAUUUCCAGCAGACAACCAAGAACACCGAUGCCGCCACUUACAAGACGCGCAACGAUGCCGAGGCCUGGAGCUUUGCCGCCCAGAAGCGCGCCGACGCCGAGCUUGUCCAGAAGCUCAAGGAGGCCGAGGGUAUCUCCGCCAUGGCUGAUGCCUACGGCAAGCUGUCCCAGGCCUUUGGCGGCCCCGCUGGUCUGCUGCAGUACAUGAUGAUCGAGAAGGGUACCUACGUCGAGCUGGCCAAGGCCAAUGCUACGGCCAUCAAGGGCAUGGAGCCCAAGAUCAGCGUCUGGAACACGGGUAACCAGCAGGGUCAGGGCAGCGAUGCGGCCGAUACCAUGCGCAAUGUCUAUCAGAUGCUUCCCCCUCUGAUGACGACUAUCAACGAGCAGACUGGCAUCGCCCUGCCUGAGUGGCAGUUUGGUCGGCUCAACGCUGGAGUGCAGGCUGUGAACCAGGAGAGCAAGGUUAACGGAUCCAAGUAAUGAUUGACGGUGGGAGGUUUACUGAUUAUGCAUUCGCUGCCAUCUUUCUUUUGUACAAUAGUCUGCACUGAGAUACCAUUUCAUAUUACAGAAUGACAUGAAAAUUAUAGAAUUAACAC